AUGCUACUUUUUAGAUCAGAGCUAAGAGCUGCCUUUCAAAAAAUGGGGCAUGAUUUAGAUGAUAAAGAGAUAAAAGCAAUUUAUUUACAAGUUGAUACUAAUAAAGAUGGAAAAAUUAAUUUUAUUGAAUUUACUGAAAUGAUGACAAGAAGGAAAUAA